AUGGAUUUAAGAAAUCUAGAGAAUAAAGUUAUUUUGGAGUUAUUAAUUCUCUCAAAUAAAAUUGGUUUUACAAAAUUACAAUUUUCACUGUCCGAGUAUUUGCGGAAACACAUCAAUGUAAACAAUGUAAGUUCGUUGUUUUCUGUGGCCUCUUUUUAUCAACUCAAAGAACUUGAAGCCCAAUCACUCAACUUUAUCGACGUGUACGCUUUGGAUGUAUUGCAAUCUGAAGAUGCUCUCUCUUUGUCGCCCGAAACAUUACAAUUAAUUCUCAAUCGUGAUACGGCGUAUGCUAACGAAGUGGAUAUAUUCCGUGCGGCUUGUCGUUGGAUCAAAAAGUACCAAAACGAACUGUAUCCUGGUGAUAAAACCAAAAUUUUAUCUGCCGUCAGAUAUCAGCUUAUGGAUGACGAAGAACUGUCUGAAGUUAGGCAAUCAGACCUGGUUCGUUCGGAUACAAUUAUUUUGGAUGUCAUAAAAUCGAGAAUAGAGUCUCUCCCACAAGAAUUUAAUGGUCGAGGACAAUUAAUACCCAAUGUGAAUUUCGCUGAACAAUAUCAGAAAGACCUUUAUCAAAUUGACGGUGGUACCAUGAUCACGUUCUAUUAUCCAUUGAAUAUAAACUAUAUUGAAAUGAUAUAUGGUAAGGUUCCAAAGUGGAAUGAAGAAAUAAGGCCUUACUCUUAUUACAUUGAAGUAUCAACGGAUAAGCGCCAUUGGUUGCGUGUAGUAGAUCAUUCAAAUUAUCAUUGCCAGUCAACUCAACGUUUGUGGAUUAACCGAAGAUUUGUGAGGUAUAUCAGAAUUGUUGGCACCGAAAAUACUAGUAAUAAGAAAUUUGACUUUUUGAAAGUCAUGUACAAUACGGAAAAAAUGCACUCGGUGGAAAUCAAAAAUGGAUUUGUGGCUCCAAAGUACAAUGUUAUUUUAGAAAAUGUUGACACGAGAGUAGUCAAAAUAAUGCCAGAACAUAUGCACGUUACACUUACUCAACCUUAUGUCCUUAGUUCAUUGAGGAUGCUGCUUAAUGACGACAGGGAACCAAUCUCUGGUUACACUAUUAAAGUUUCGACCAAUAAUAAACAUUGGGACAUGAUUGUAAAUAAAUCUCAUGUUUUGGCACGAUCGUGGCAGUUGUUGCGAUUUGAAUCCAAGUUGGUAGUGUAUAUACUCAUUACUAGCGAACGCACUUUUUUGCAUUGUGUAGAUUUGGAAGCACCUGCUCAAGUAUUGCUAGAUUAA